UUGUUAAUAAAGUAAAAGUGUGUUAAAUUAAAAUUAUUUGAAUAAAAUAUAAAAGAAAUUUAAAAAAUUAAAUAUUUGUUAUAAUUGUUUAUUUAAAUUUAAUGAAAUAUAUAUAUAUAUAUAUAUACAAUAAAGGAUAUUCGGGCGGCGGGAAAACUUAGGUGUGCUGCUGUAAGGUUGUGAAAGUUUAAAUAAACUAAACAAAACAAAAAAGUACUAGAGGUGAUAGUGUCUAAAUACCCUAAAGAUUUUGAAUUUUCUAAACAGAAAACAAAAAAAAAAAUUUCUAAUUUUCUAUAAAAACUCAACAAUUAAUAAUAAUAUUAUUAAGUAUAAAAACAUUAAAAUAAAAUAAACAGCCCAUUGUUAAUAUUAAUAAAAAAAAACAACAAUAAAAAAAAUAUAAAAAUCAAGAAAAACAGCAACAAUAUGGUCAUCUCUGGUGGAAUAAUUAAAAUGAAAAUCUUUUUACGAGGAUGGAUCAUAUUGUGCAUGCUUUUGAAUGCAGUCACACCUCAAGGUAUCGAGGAUAAAGGACUUUCAGCAUGUGAAUUGGAAUCGUUAGUGAAGCAAAUAUUAAAUCCAAAUCCUGAUUAUCAAAUGCACGCGAAUGCAUUACGAGAUCAAUUACGUUAUAUGAUACAAAAUAAAAAUUCUGAUAUACCAUAUCAAACAAUUGAUGAUUCAUCAACAGAUUAUUUUGAUGAAGAUAAACGUUCAGUUAGUUCUCUUGCUCGUGCCGGUAAUUAUCCAAGUUAUGGUAAAAGAUAUUUGGGUGCAUUAGCUAAAUCUGGUAUGAUGUUAAGAUCAAAUGCAUAUGAUGAUAUUAAAAGAAGUGUUGCAACAUUAGCUAAAAAUGGACAAUUACCAACACAAGAACCAGAUACAAUUUAUGAUGAUAAUCAAUCACAACAAUGGGAAGAUAAACGUAAUUUAGGUUCAUUAGCAAAAUCUGGUUAUAUUGGUAAACGUAAUAUUGGUACAUUGGCAAGAGAUUUUCAAUUACCGAAUAAUGGUAAAAGAAAUUUGGCAGCAUUAGCACGUUUAGGUUUAGCACCAAAACGUAAUAUUGCAUCAUUAGCACGUCAAAAUUCAUUAUAUAUGGCGGAGAAGAAAAAUAUUGCAGCAUUGAAAAAUUCACCAGUACAUGGACAAAGGCAAAAACGUGAUAUUUAUGGUGAUUUGGGUGAUUAUGAAGUUCCUGAUGAUGUAAUACAAAAUUAUUCAAUGGAUUAUGAUGAUUUAAGAAAUCAAUUAAAUCAAUUAUAUGGUGGACCAUAUGAAGAAAAACGAUUUUUGGGAUCUCUUGCAAAAAAUGGUUGGUUUAGACCAUCAGCUGAAAAACGUAAUAUUGGUUCGUUAGCACGUUUAGGUUUAAUAGGUGGAAAUGGUUAUGGUUUUCGCCAACAAGAACAAAAACGUCAUAUUGGAGCACUAGCAAGGUCAGGAUGGCUAUCAGCUUUUCGACCAGUCAGAAGUGCUCGUUUUAGCCGCUCGGGCAGAGCGAGGCCGGAUAUUACCCCCAACAAGAGCGACUACUACAACCCACAGCGGCCGUUUGUAGACGAUGCGAUUACAACAAUCAAGACUAUUCCAAUACAAUUAGCUGGAAAUCACCAACAUCAACUGGAUUAUCUAGAUGGGGUACACCACCAAGACUUACAGCAUUACACUGGAGAAGUUUACGACCCACAACAUAUUACUGAACAUCAAUAUAAUAAAAAUAAUAAUAAUAAUAAUAAUAAAAAUAUAAAUGAUGACAAUAAUAAUGAUAAUAAUUAUAAUGAUGAAUUUAUAAAUUAUUUAUAUAAUUUAAGUGAAAAUAACUCAUUGAAUAAUAAUAAUAACAAUAAGAAUAAAAUUAACAAUAACAGCAACAAUGAUAAUAACAACAGUGAUGAAAUUCAAUGUAGCCAACGUUUAAAUUUGAUGUUAGAUGCUUUAAUUAAAUACUAAGACAAUACUAUAUUUAUAUAUGUAUAUACAAAACACUAAUACAUUUAUGAAUAUCUAUAUUAUAUUUAUGUAGCUGUAUAGAUAAUAAUUUAUUAUAUUAUAUGUAUUUGAUCAUAAAAAUUUACAAUAAAUAUUAUUAAAAGGACAUAAUGUAAAACUUAAAUUUUUACUAUAAUACAUACAUAUAUAUAUAUAUAUAUAAUCUAUUUUUGUUUUUUCGAAAGACUUAUUCAAAAAUAAUUGCGACAAUAAUAUUAAUUAUAUACAGACAUAUACAUAUUUAAUGUAAAAAAUAUAUAAACACUAAAUACAUAUAAAUUGAAAAAAAAAAGGAGAAAUUGUGCACAUAUACCAUAUACAUAGUAAAUAUAUUAUAAAAUUAAAUAAUAGAAAAACUUUAUAACUAUGCCGUUCUUACGGAAUAAAAUCACAAUUAUGAUUCACAGAUUUUAUGCACUAAUUAAUUCUAUUAUUAUGUCCACAUUUUGCUUGUUUCUCGCCAAAUUUCUAUUGUAUAACGCAAUUAUAAUUUCAAGAGUUAAUAGUUGACAAUAUUAUACCUAUAGAAUAGCUGUUCACAAUAAUCUAUGCGUUGAUAAAAAUCGUGAAAUUUCGUUGAAUUCGUCGUCAUUGAAAAAUUAUGAAAUUUCACUUUAUUUUAAUUUUAUUGAUAAAUUAAAUAAAUAAGCUCUUGGUCAACACAUAAUAACAAAUUGGAAUUCAACAAGGAAAUUAAGUUUGUAGAACAGUACAUGUUAAUGUGCUCCGACAUUAACAUGAACUGACAAACGGAAUACAUUUGCUGGUUCACUCUACUCGGAGUCUGGCUCAUUCAUUGUUUUAACAAAAUGAACUUAAAUUAUUUUAUAUAAUUACAAUUUAUUAAUUUCAAUUCAAGAGUUUCAUAUUCUGUGAAUCACUUUCGAUUUCAUAUUAUUUAUCCCUUUACAUAACAUAUGUAAUAUAUAAUAUAAUUAUAAUAAUUGCUAUUGAAUGUAUUUUAAAAUAAAGUUAAUAUCAAUAAUUAAUAAAUUAUUGAAAAUAAGAACUUAUAUAAAAAUUUAAAAGAAAAAACUCAAAAUCAUUAUUGUAAUAAUAAAAAUAUCAUUGUAAACUUCCAGGUGUAUAUGAUUUUACAA